AUGGACGCCUACGAGACCGGGGCUCCUCCAUCCUCUUCAACCACCCAAUCCUCUUCCAAACCCCCUCCUGCCUCCGCGUCGUCCGCGUCGUCCACUUCCACCACGACAGCCCCUCCACCCGAUCCCGCAGGCGUUGCUGCUCCCGCCCCAAUCCACCGAGCAUAUGCUCACAUCCGGCGGGAAUCACCUUCUCCGGCUCAUCAGCGGGCAGCAGCUUCAGAAACAAGCGAGCCUCUGUACUUGUCCGACCAACUCGGCGCGGGCCUUGCGCGUCGGCCCAGAACAUCUCAGCCUCUGCCGACCGGACGAUUGGCGGCAUGUCAUCUAGCUCGAUGA